CAACAACAUCGGCAUCCCUUUAAAACUAUCCUAUCGAGUGAGGUAUAAUUGGCAAUUGAUCACGUACGAAUAUAAUUACUGAACAAAAUACAUAUCUAAGAAGAACUAAUCAAUCGAUUGAUCGAUCAUCUCAAAAAAUUGAUUAUGAAAGCAAAGUACGUAUGCUCAAUAAAAUGUAUAUAAUUCUAUGAUUCUUGCGCCGAUCGCGCGAAGAGUUUACAUAUCGUUUAUAUAUGCGAUAUAGUGAUCAUUUUUUUGCGAUUGUUUUUCCAGUCGCUCCACAGAUCGCUCCAUUUUCCAUCAGCGAAGAACCAGUUAAUUGGGGCGAGCAAGUCUCUGCGGUUUGUAGUAUUUUGAAGGGCGAUCUACCGAUUGAAAUACGAUGGAGUUUGAAUGGCGAACUUAUUACGCGUCUCACUCAUCUUGACAUAACAAUUACAAAUACUGGGAAAAAGACAUCUGUUCUGACUAUUGAAUCCGUCACCGCCCGUCAUGCUGGCGAAUAUAGCUGCGUCGCGAGCAACCUGGUCGGAUCCGUCAGCCGUUCCGCCAUUUUAUCGGUCAAUGUCUCCCCACAGAUAGCACCGAUCUCCUUCGGCGAGGAGCCCGUUAAUGCCGGGGACUUGGUGUCGGUGCAGUGCGUUGUGACCAAAGGCGAUUCUCCUGUGGAGAUCACGUGGACCUUCGACGGCCGUCCCAUACAAUCUUAUCAUAGCGAUGUGAUCGUGUCUGAUAGCGGAAAGCGCGUCAAACAACUGACCAUCGAAUCGGUAGCUGCGCGACACGCUGGAGAGUAUACCUGUGUUGCUUCAAACGCGGCUGGAUCAAUUUCUCAUUCGGUCACCUUGGACGUGAAUGGUACACCUUUCGACAAAUCUAUGCUCGCGAUUCGCAUUUGCAUAUUUAGCUAUUUUUCUCAUCCGAAAUUAAUCCUUUCCGUCCUUUAGA